AUGAUGACUCCGAAGAAGGAAUUGGAAAUGAUGUCUUCCAAAAAAACUAAGGAAAAAAACAAUCCCCGACCCAGCCCCGGAGGCCUAAAGCUAACGCAAAAGGAAUUAAGCAGUAUGAUGUGCAUCCAAAUAACAAAAGAAGGUCUUCGACUCAAGAAGCCAGAGAUUCCCCCCCUUUACAAUUACCCUGUAUUUCCAAAAACAGAAACAGUCCCUGUCCAGCCAACGGAACAUCUGAUAUCCCCACCUAAAGUUAUUGAAGAUACUUCUGACGAGGAAGAAGGCCCAACAGGAGCGUACUAA